AUCGCUCGCAGCUCCUCCGUCUGCGUGGUCAAGACAAGAAUACCCGCUUGGGGACCUUACAUCUGCAGCGCUCCCAUCAAGUUUCAGUACGCAAACCAGUCGCAAGACUACGUGAGCAGCGGCAGUGGACAGCUCACGUUCCGUCUCAUCAACCAGCGCGCAAACUUUUCUUUUGGUUUGUUCUCCGGCUUUGCGGAGCCGGUGCUGAUCGCCGUGUCUAACGUGGUCACCUUUGACGACUUGAAGAUGCCUUUGUACCCGAGGCUAGCUCAGGGAAGGGCUUGGAACGAGGAUCUCACAGAUGACUGUGACUUGGACGAGCAAUUACCUUCCCAGCGAGGCAGCUCCAUUUAUAACAUGGCAGGAGCUCCGGCAUCCACAAUCGGAUGGCGAGACCCUGGGCAGAUCCAUACUGGGAUUAUGACGGACUUAUGGCCAACCACAAGGUAUAGCUUCCAAGUUGGUCACAGGCUGCAGGAUGCCUCGUUUGUCAUGAGCCCAAAGAUGUACUUUCAUUCACCCCCAUUUCCUGGCCAAGAAUCCUUGCAACGAGUUGUGAUAUUCGGUGAUAUGGGCACGCACCAGCGAGAUGGAUCGAGAACGUACUUCGAUUUUGAGCCGGGGUCUUUGAACACAACUGACGCACUUAACAACGAAAUAAACGACAUCGACAUUGUCUUCCACAUUGGCGACAUAUCCUACGCAACUGGAUAUCUCUCCGAGUGGGAUCAGUUCACGGAGCAGAUUGAGAAUUUGUCUUCCAAAGUUCCUUACAUGACAGUCAGUGGAAACCAUGAGCGAGAUUGGCCAAACACUGGCUCUUUCUACAACAGCACCGACUCGGGAGGCGAGUGUGGUGUUGUUUCAUCAACCGUGUUCAACAUGCCCGUGCAAAACAGGGACAAAUUCUGGUAUAAAACCGACUAUGGUCUCUUCCGCUUCUGCAUCGCCGACUCGGAGCACGACUGGCGCGACGGCACGGAGCAGUACGAGUUCCUCGAGAAUUGCUUCCGGAGCGCGGACAGGCAGAAGCAGCCGUGGCUGGUAUUCAUCUCUCACCGCGUCCUCGGCUACUCGUCGUGCUACGCUCCCGAGAACACCACCGGCGAGCCAUUCGGCAGGGACAGCUUGGAGAAGCUGUGGCAAAAGCACAAGGUGGACCUCGCCUUCUACGGCCACAUCCACAACUACGAGCGCACCUAUCCACUCUAUAACCAAGUUCUUGCCAGUGACGAGAAAGAUUUCUACUCCGGGACUUUCAACGGGACCAUUCACGUAGUUGCGGGAGGCGGCGGGUUUUGGCUGAGCCAGUUCCCGGAGAGCAAGCCAUCGUGGAGCUUGAAUCAGGACUGCGACUUUGGCUACACCAAGCUCACCUCGUUCAAUCGCUCGUCGCUGCUGUUCGAGUACAAGAAGAGCCGCGAUGGCGAAGUCUAUGACCAGUUUUGGAUCCACAGGGAGUACAAGGACGUCCUGGGCUGCGACUCUCUCAACAUGUUUUGCCCCCUGGUUACCUCCGCCGAGAACUAUCCAGCAUAGCGAUCACGAUCAUCCAGUGACCAUCUUCACGAUCUUCCUGACUGAACCAAAUUUUUG